AUGGAUACCAAGCUAUUAUCAAGACUUGACUUAUUAGCUGACAACACUCUUUCAGUAAUAUUUGAGCGUAACCGACUAAAGGACCUCAAAUUAGACGUUGAAAAGUAUGAAACAAAUAUUCAAAAAAACUUGUCGCAAUUAAAGGACGGUAUUCAGCAAUUAGAACAACAACUAUCAGAAGAAGAACAAACAGAUACAACAAAGGACACAAAAGUUGAUGAAGAUAAACUGAUACAACUCCAACUAAAAGUGGAUAAACUAGAAGCAUUACUUGGAAAUCAGACCGACCCAGCUGCAAGGGAUCUGUUACUGGGCAAUAACCAUAAAAAGAGUCCUCGAUUUACGCCUAUAGAUACAAGUCAAAUGGAGAAUAGCCAAAUACUUCAACUUCAGCAACGCAUUAUCGAUGAUCAAGACCAAGACUUGGAUCAUCUUUCGGAAGCCAUUCGUAGACAGAGAGAACUUGGACUUAUGAUUGGUGAUGAGUUAGAGACUCAUGCUAUUUUGAUUGAUGAGACAGAGGAAAUGGUAGAUCGUACGGAUGAAAGAUUAAGAAGAGCUAAAAAGAAACUGGACUACGUAGGAAGGAAAGUAAAAGAUAAUAAAUCUAUUUGCAUUGUCAUUGCUUUGAUUUUGAUAUUCUUCAUCUUGGUUGCCUUAUUUAGAUAA